GGCCACAGCUCUCACUCACCCACCGGCUUCCUGUCGGGGCUUCCUCAGCCCCACCCCACAUUUGGACAUUUGGGGCAUUUCCUUCCCUGACAGCGGGACCUGGGACUGGGCUGGGGCCCUGGCGGAUGGAGACAUGCUGCCCCUGCUGCUGCUGCCCCUGCUGUGGGGGGGGUCCCUGCAGGAGGAGCCAGGGUAUGAGCUGCAAGUGCAGAAGUCGGUGACGGUGCAGAAGGGCCUGUGCGUCCUUGUGCCCUGCUCCUUCUCUUACCCCUGGAGCUCCUGGUAUUCCCCUCCCCCACUCUACAUCUACUGGUUCCGGGACGGGGAGAAUCCACACUAUGCUGAUGCUGUGGCCACAAACCACCCGGACAGAAGAGUGAAGCCAGAGACCCAGGGCCGAUUCCGCCUCCUUGGGGACGUCCAGAAGAAGAACUGCUCCCUGAGCAUCGGAGAUGCCAGAAUGAGGGACAGGGGAAGCUAUUUCUUCCGCGUGGAGAGAGGAAGGGAUGUAAAAUAUAGCUACCAACAGAAUAAGCUGAACUUGGAGGUGACAGCCCUGACAGAGAAACCUGACAUCCACUUUCUGGAGCCUCUGGAGUCAGGCCGCCACACAAGGCUGAGCUGCAGCCUUCCAGGAUCCUGUGAAGCGGGACGACCUCUCGCAUUCUCCUGGAAGGGGGAUGCCCUCAGCCCCCUGGACCCCGAGACAACCUGCUCCUCGGAGCUCACCCUCACGCCGAGGCCCGAGGACCACGGCACCAACCUCACCUGUCAGGUGAAACGCCAAGGAGCUCAGGUGACCACGGAGAGAACUGUCCAGCUCAAUGUCUCCUAUGCUCCACAGACCAUCACCAUCUUCAGGAACGGCAUAGCCCUAGAGAUCCUGCAAAACACCUCGUACCUUCAGGUCCUGGAGGGCCAGGCUCUGCAACUGCUCUGUGAUGCUCCCAGCAACCCCCCUGCACACCUAAGCUGGUUCCAGGGCUCCCCUGCCUUGAACACCACCCCCAUCUCCAAUACGGGGAUCUUGGAGCUUCGUCGAGUAGGGUCUGCAGAAGAAGGAGGCUUCACCUGCCGCGCUCAGCACCCGCUGGGCUUCCGGCAAAUUUUUCUGAAUCUCUCAGUUUACUCCCUCCCACAGCUACUGGGCCCCUCCUGCUCUUCGGAGGCUGAAGGUCUGCACUGCAGCUGCUCCUUUAGAGCCCGGCCGGCCCCCUCCCUGUGCUGGUGGCUUGGGGAGAAGCCACUGGAGGGGAACAGCAGCCAGGGCUCAUUCAAGGUCAACUCCAGCUCAGCUGGGCCCUGGGCCAACAGCUCCCUGAUCCUCCACGGGGGGCUCAGCCCCGGCCUCAAAGUCAGCUGCAAGGCCUGGAACGUCUAUGGGUCCCAGAGCGGCUCUGUCCUGCUGCUGCAAGGGAGAUCGAACCUCGGGACAGGAGUGGUUCCUGCAGCCCUUGGUGGUGCUGGUGUCAUGGCCCUGCUCUGUAUCUGUCUGUGCCUCAUCUUCUUUUUAAUAGUGAAAGCCCGCAGGAAGCAAGCAGCUGGGAGACCAGAGAAAAUGGAUGAUGAAGAUCCCAUUAUGGGUACCGUCAGCUUGGGUUCCAGGAAGAAGCCCUGGCCAGACAGCCCUGGAGACCAAGCGUCUCCUGCUGGAGAUGUCCCUCCCCUGGAAGAACAAAAGGAGCUCUAUUAUGCCUCCCUCAGUUUUUCUGAGAUGAAGCCGAGGGAGCCUAAGGACCAGGAGGCCCCAAGCACCACGGAGUACUCAGAGAUCAAGACAAGCAAGUGAGGACUCGCCCAGAGUUCAGUCCUGGCCGGAGGAACCACAGCCUGUCUGGGGGAAAGGACAAGUCAGGGACCACUUGCUGAAGCAUGAAGAUCCCUUGUGGCAAUGUUAACAUUAACUGAUGUUUAAGUGCUCCAAGCAGAGCAGAAAGAAGACAGAUGAUGGAACUAGAGAGGUGGACUCAAACCUAGGCCCCGGCACUGUCAUCAAGCAAUUCACUGCGUCCCUCUGUGCCUCAGUUUCCCAUUCUGUAAAUCAGAGAUCAUGCAUGUUACCUCAAAGGUUGUUGUGACCAUUAAAGAAAUCAACACGUGGAAAUCAACCAA